UAUUUUGGACGGAUUGGGAUGCCAGUAUGCCAAGGAUAGAGGCUGCGUCUAUGAGUGGGCAUGGCAGACGCACCAUCCAUAAGGAGACGGGCAGUGGAGGGUGGCCCAACGGAUUGACCGUUGAUUAUCUGGAGCGCCGCAUCCUGUGGAUAGAUGCCAGGUCUGAUGCCAUCUAUUCAGCCAAGUACGAUGGAUCUGGUCUGAUCGAGGUGCUCAGAGGACAUGAGUAUCUCUCUCAUCCAUUCGCCGUCACCAUGUAUGGAGGAGAAGUUUACUGGACAGACUGGCGUACAAACACACUGGCCAAAGCCAACAAGUGGACAGGAAACAAUGUCACCGUGGUUCAGAGAACAAACACUCAACCUUUUGAUCUGCAGGUGUAUCAUCCAUCUAGACAACCACAAGCACCCAACCCGUGUGCUGCUAAUGGUGGAUUGGGUCCGUGCUCUCAUCUGUGUCUGAUCAACUAUAAUCAGACAUUCUCAUGCGCCUGUCCUCAUCUCAUGAGACUGGGCCAGGACAACCACACCUGCUUCGAGUCCCGUCAGUUCCUGCUCUAUGCCCGUCAGAUUGAAAUACGAGGGGUGGACAUCUAUAAUCCAUACUACAACUAUAUCAUCUCAUUUACUGUCCCUGACAUUGACAAUGUCACCGCGGUGGAUUACGACGCUCUGGAGAGGCGCAUCUAUUGGUCCGAUGUUCGCACCCAAACCAUCAAGAGGGCUUUUAUCAACGGCACGGGCAUAGAGACUGUGGUAUUCGCAGAUAUUCCUAAUGCUCAUGGUCUGGCGGUGGACUGGGUUUCACGUAAUCUCUUCUGGACCAGCUAUGACGCUAAUAAGAAACAGAUUAACGUCGCCAGACUCGAUGGCUCCUUCAAAAACGCUGUUAUCCAAGGCCUGGAUAAACCUCACUGCCUUGUGCUGCACCCCAUACUGGGGAAACUUUACUGGACUGAUGGAGAUAACAUUAGUAUGGCCAACACUGAUGGCACAAACCAUACCGUGAUCUUCACCAAUCAGAUAGGACCAGUGGGUCUGUCCAUAGACCAUCACACAGAGCAUCUGUACUGGAUCAGCUCGGGAAACAGCACCAUUAACCACUGUAAACUGGAUGGAUCAGCACUGGAGGUGUUAGACGCUGUCAAAGGCAAACUGAACAAGGCCUCGGCGUUGGCUAUCAUGGGUGAUAAGCUGUGGUGGGCCGACCAAGGCACGGAUCAGAUCGGCACAUGUGAUAAGAGCGACGGAGGAAACUGGAAGGUUUUGAGAAAUGGCACGUCUCCCAUGAUGCACAUGAAGAUCUACAAUGAGACCGUGCAGAUAGGUUCAAACAUGUGCAGCAACAAUAAUGGCGACUGCUCUCAGCUGUGUCUCCCCACGUCUCCCUCCACCCGCGCAUGUAUGUGCACCGCAGGAUACAGCUUGAGGAGUGGACAGCAGUCUUGUGAGGGUGUGGGUUCGUUCCUGCUGUAUUCAGUUCACGAGGGCAUUAGAGGAAUUCCACUGGACCCCGCCGAUAAAUCUGAUGCCCUUGUGCCUGUUUCAGGCACAUCACUCGCUGUUGGCAUUGACUUUCAUGCUGAUAAUGACACCAUAUAUUGGGUGGACAUGGGUUCAAGCACCAUCAACAGAGCUAAGAGAGAUCAGACAUGGAGAGAGGACGUCAUCACUAACGGCAUCGGGCGUGUGGAGGGCAUCGCAGUUGACUGGAUCGCUGGAAAUAUCUAUUGGACCGACCAGGGCUUUGAUGUAAUUGAGGUCGCCAGAUUAAAUGGCUCAUUUCGAUAUGUGGUCAUCUCCCAAGGCCUGGACAAACCCCGGGCCAUUGCCGUCCAUCCGGCAAAAGGGUAUCUGUUUUGGACAGAGUGGGGUCAGUACCCGCGCAUAGAAAGAUCUCGGCUGGAUGGAUCUCAGAGAGCCGUGCUGGUGAAUGUCAGUAUUAGCUGGCCCAAUGGCAUCUCCAUUGACUAUCAGGAGAGUUUUCUGUACUGGUGUGAUGCUCGGACGGAUAAAAUUGAGCGCAUUAAUUUGGAGACGGGAGAAAACAGAGAAGUGGUGCUGUCCAACAACAACAUGGACAUGUUCUCCUUAUCUGUGUUUGAGAGUUACAUUUACUGGAGCGACCGGACUCAUGCCAAUGGUUCGAUAAAGCGCGGCAGUAAAGACAAUGCCACAGAUUCAGUAGCUCUGAGGACAGGCAUCGGUGUACAACUCAAAGACAUCAAGGUGUUUAACAGAGCACGACAACAGGGAACGAAUAUAUGCAAGAACAACAACGGUGGUUGUCAUCAACUCUGUCUUUACCGCGGUAACGGCCAGCGGACAUGUGCUUGCGCUCAUGGAAUGCUAGCUGAGGAUGGCCAGAGUUGCCGUGACUAUGACGGUUAUCUGCUCUAUUCAGAGCGCACUAUACUAAAAAGUGUGCACUUGUCAGACGAGAAUAACCUCAACGCACCCAUUAAACCGUUUGAAGAUCCCGAUCACAUGAAAAACGUCAUCGCGCUUUCUUUUGACUAUCGCGGUGGAGGCGGAAAAGGAGCCAAUCGGAUCUUUUAUAGUGACAUCCACUUUGGGAAUAUUCAACAGAUCAAUGACGACGGAUCAGAUCGGAAAACAGUGGUUGAGAGUAAGUUUUUCAUUUAUUACAUCAUUUGA